UCAAAAGAAUCUCAUCAAUUAUGGCUGAUUAUUAUGGGCAACCCCAACAUACUCAGCACCAGUUCCUCCACGGAGCUGGGCAGCAGCCUCGUUCUCACCAGAUGGUGAAGGCAGCUACUGCGGUUACCGCCGGUGGAUCUCUUCUUCUUCUGUCCGGGUUAACUUUAGCUGCAACGGUGAUUGCGCUCACUAUAGCGACCCCCGUGCUGGUGAUUUUUAGCCCGGUGAUUGUACCUGCUGUUAUUACUCUCUUUUUGUUGUUCUCAGGGUUUUUGGCUUCCGGCGGAUUUGGCGUAGCGGCGAUAAGUGUGUUGUCGUGGAUUUAUCGAUACGUGACGGGAAAGCGACCACCCGGUGCAGAUCAGUUGGAGCAAGCAAGGCGUAAGUUGGCUACUAAAGCUGGGGAGAUGAAAGAUAAGGCUCAGGAGUUUGGGCAGCAGCACAUCACUGGAACCCACCAGACUUGA